ACGAUCCACUCACCAGAAGUCACAAGUCAAAUUUCACCAAGCGGGGAGAGAGGAAGGUUGUUUUCAGACCUCACUAGACUCAACGCGUCUCGUUAAUGUUCACUUUAUAGUAAAUAAAGUAAAAUAAAAAAGGGAGGCUAAGUGGACUUCAGGACUUGUUGGCUCCUUUUUUUUUUUUUUUUGCCUUGCGGCGUUUUUCCCACGCGGGGCGUCACGCGCGCCCCGAGCAUCAAACAUGACUUUGACGCACCUGAGAAACUUAAACCAACCAUGGUGACAUCACCCCCCCGUGACGUGACGUGUCCACGGCGGCGAAACCGGCCGAAUACGCGACUCUUCAGUGUGGAAUAACCAGCGGAGCCCAGGUGUCCUCGCGCAGAGCCGAUGUGGCCGUUUGGGGGAGCGCAAAUCUCAGCUGAGCUUUGACCAGGCGCAGGAGUUUUGGGGGGACGAGGAGGGGGGAGGGAUGCAAGAGAAGCCCUAGAGAGAACAAAUCCCCGGCUACUUUUCCCCCUGAAUUGAACCCGGGCCGGCCGGAGCCAUGGCCUCCGAGGUGGUGUGCGGGCUGGUCUUCAGGCUGCUGCUGCCGAUGUGUCUCGCAGCUGCUUGCCUGUUCAGGUACAAUGCCCUCUCCUUCGUCUACCUCAUCUAUCUCCUGCUCAUCCCGCUGUUCGCAGAGCCCACGAGCACCACAAUGCAAGGCCACACAGGACGCCUGCUGCAGUCCCUCUGCUUCACCAGCAUGUCCUUCCUGCUGCUCCACAUCAUCUAUCAGAUUACCGUCAACAGCCUCCUGUCCGGGAACUCCAUCUCAUCUGACUUCAACUGUUCCAACUGGGAGAAAUCCAUAAGACAGGUUGGCUUUGAGAGCGUGAUCGGUGCAGAUCCGGGCAACGGCAUCCGCGUGUUCAUCCCCGACAUCGGCAUGUUCGUGGCCGGUUUGGCUAUCUGGCUGCUGUGCCGCAGUCUGGUCCAGAAGAGGCCGCCUGAGGACAUGGCCCAGGACAACGCCGACUUCGAAGCCGAGGAACAAGAAGACGAGGAGAAGCUGAGCCUCGACGACGACAUCCAUUUAGGGGAGGACUUUGAAGCGGGAUACGAGGCCGAGGAGGAUGAAGAAUAUGAGGAGGAGGAAGAGGAGGAGGAGGAAGAGGAGGAGGAGGAAGAGGAAGAGGCAAAGGAGAGCACCAAGAGGAAGAUCCUACGGAUUGUGGCGGAGGCUGCGUCCAAAGUGAAGGAGAUAAUCGGGAACUUGAUCACGACGGCAGGGAAGGUGGUGGUCACCAUCUUGUUGGGCCUGACAGGUGUCAUGCUGCCGUCGUUGACUUCAGCGGUCUACUUCUUCCUCUUCCUCUUCCUGUGCACCUGGUGGUCCCUUUGCCGGACCUUCGACACGCUCAUCUUCAGCUGCAUGUGCGUCCUGAUGGCCAUCUUUAGCGGGGGACACCUCAUUGUCCUCUACCUCUACCAGUUCCAGUUCUUCCAGGAGUCCAUACCGCCAGACGAUUAUUACAUCAGUAUAUUUGGCAUCUCCCCCAUUGUUCAGAGCAACUGCUCCUACACAUGGAAGCUCAUUGUGCACCCGGAGCGUAAGUGGAACCACUUUGUCAAUCCCAUCAUCCUGCUGAUGCUCUACUACACUCUGGCCACGCUCAUCCGCCUGUGGCUGCAGGAGCCCAUCGACCAGCUGACGGACGACAAGGACGGCGACAUGUGCGAGGAGGACGAUCUGGAUGGAAACACAGCAAAUAACUCCAAUGCCAACAGGAAGAGGCAGCUGUGGUGGGAAUCCCGCCAAGGCACGGAUGAGAAAAACCUCCUCUCCAUCCAGGAUGGCUUCAGUACAAAUGAGGCUGCACCCACCUCGAACGGGACGUCCUUUGACUUCCUCACAACUGAUAAUGGACCAGUGGGUCUGGACUUGUAUUCAACCCCUCAGUAUAAAAUGGGUCAGCCCAGUGACGGACCAGAGAAGAAGCCAGAAUGUGCGUACGACGUGUGUUUUCCUCCGGAGGAUUCCGCGUUCGAGAAAGAAGAGGAGAAGCCCGAGGGAGGAGAGCACGGGAUGAAGAGGGGGGUCGGCGCGAUAGUCAAAAUCUUCCACUUCGUCAUGAAACAGAGCUACAUCUGUGCUCUCAUAGCCAUGAUGGCUUGGAGCAUCACGUACGUCAGCUGGCUGACGUUUGUCUUCCUCAUCUGGUCUUGCACGCUGUGGAUGGUGAGGGACAGGAGGCGUUACGCCAUGCUGUCCGCCCCCUUCAUGGUGGCCUACGGCAACCUGCUGAUAGUUCUGCAGUACAUUUGGAGUUUCGAGAUCAUGGAUCACUCCAAAGUCCUCGGGUUCUUUGUCAAGAAGAACAAUGCUUUCCAUUCACUUUCAUCCAAGGUCCUUUGCCUGCUGAGCUUCUGGCUGCUGCUGAGACAAACGCUUACAGAGAGGCAGGAGAAACAAAAGGAUGACAGCUCUGGUCUCUCAGAUGUCUUUGUGGAGGAUCAGAAGAAGAAGGAGGAAGAGGACUCUGAGGAGGGAGGGGAGCAGGACAUAAUGCAGGUUCUGGGUAACAUGGUCAUGGCUCUAUUGGUGAAAUACUGGAUCUACAUCUGUGGCGGCAUGUUCUUCCUCGUCAGCUUCGAGGGAACAAUCGUCAUGUACAAGAUCAUCUACAUGAUGAUGUUCCUCUCCUGUGUGGCACUCUACCAGGUGCACUAUGAGUGGUGGCGAAGGAUCCUGAAGUACUUCUGGAUGUCGGUGGUGAUGUACACCAUGCUGGUCCUCAUCCUGGUUUACACCUACCAGUUUGAGAGCAAUACCUUUUGGACUAAAACGUUAAACAUGGAAACAGAAAGCUUGGAGGAUCUUGGCCUGUUGAGGUUCAGCCUUCCCGUGCUGUUCACCAGGAUUUUCAUUCCCACGUCUUUCCUGUUGGUGUGUAUUCUCCACCUGCACUACUUCCACGACCGCUUCCUCCAGCUCACCGAUCUCCAGGCCGUGGUGGCCAAAGAGGAGAGCACUAUCUACAGGCUUGUGCACCAGGACGGCAGCCUGGCAGACCUCACCAUGCUCAGUGGCAACUCUGCAGAGGCCACGAUGCUGUCCGGAGAGGAACCGGAGCCGCCGGAGGAGCAGGGCGAGUGUGGGAAGCAGGAGAAGGAGAAGGAGCGGGGCCUGGUGGUAAUGAUCAACGACGCCGGCGUGGCGGCCGAGAAGCCCAGGAGGGCCUCUGACCCGCGGCAGUCCAGCACAGAGGAGAGCCAAGCCUGCAGCGCAGGGACGGAGCCGGAGCCGAGCACCGAGCAGAGCUCAGAUCUGAAGAAUAAAUGGCACCUGGUGGUGGACCGUCUAACCGUGCUCUUCCUCAAGUUCCUCGAGUACUUCCACAAACUGCAGCUGUUCAUCUGGUGGUUACUGGAGAUCCACAUCAUCAAGAUCGUGUCCUGCUACAUUGUCCUGGUCUCUGUCAAAGAGGUGUCUCUGUUCAACUACGUGUUCCUGGCGUCCUGGGCCUUUGCGCUGCCUUACAGCCAAUAUCGUCGCCUCGCCUCCAGUGUUUGCACCGUCUGGACGUGUGUGAUCAUCGUGUGCAAAAUGUUGUACCAGCUGAAGUCUUUCGACCCCCCUUCCUACUCGAAGAACUGCUCCAUGCCAGCCAACUACUCACAGACACAGGCCACUGAGUUGGAGGAGUCCCUGCUGUACAGGGGACCAGUGGAUCCAGCCAACUGGGUCGGCCUGGAGAAGUCCGCUGACCUGCUGGGCUACCUAAGGAACAACCUGAUGAUGCUGGCUCUGUUAGCAUUCGAGGUGACCAUUUAUCGACACCAGGAGUACUUCCGACUGAGAAACAAGCUGUCGGCUCCGGCUGCCAGCAUUAUCUUCCAUGACAUCACGCGGCAGCAUCUGGACGGCGGCAUCGUCAGCUUUGUUAAAUACUUCAUCAACUACUUCUUCUACAAGUUCGGACUUGAGACGUGCCUGCUGCUGGUGGUCAACGUCAUCGGGCAGCGUAUGGACUUCUUCGCCAUGCUUCACGCCUUCGCCUUGAUCGCCGUGAUGUACAGACGCAGGAGGAAAGCCAUCGCUGAGAUCUGGCCAAAGUAUUGCUGCUUCCUGGCCUGCAUGCUGACCGUCCAGUACUUGAUCUGCAUCGGGAUCCCGCCAGCAGCCUGCAUAGAUUACCCCUGGAGGUUUCCAGACUCGACCACGGACUCCAAUGUGGUCAAGUGGCUCUAUGUUCCAGAUUUCCUGACUCAACCCAAUUCUACGUUCCUCAUCUAUGACUUCAUGCUGCUGCUGUGUGCCUCUCUCCAGAGGCAGGUGUUCGAUGACGAAAACAAGGCGGCGGUUCGCCUCAUGGCCGGAGACAACGUGGAGAUCUGCAGAGACCUGGACGCUGCCUCCUUCAGCGUCCACAACCCCGUCCCCGACUUCAUCCACUGCAGGUCCUACCUGGACAUGCUGAAGGUCAUCACAUUCAGCUACUUGUUCUGGUUUGUACUCACCAUCAUCUUCAUCACUGGCACCACGCGGAUCAGCGUCUUCUGCAUGGGCUACCUGGUGGCCUGCUUCUACUUCCUGCUCUUUGGUGGAGAGCUGCUGCUCAAACCGAUCAAAAAGAUCCUCCACUACUGGGACUUCCUCAUCGCCUACAACAUCUUUGUGAUCACCAUGAAGAACAUUUUGUCCAUACUGGCUUGUGGAUACAUCAAAUCUCUCAUUAAACACUGCUGGUUGAUCCAGUUGUGCAGCCUGGCGUGCACCAUCAAGGAAUACAAACCCACAAUCACCGAACAAGACAAGAAGCUCUGUGAAUUGCCCGGCAACGAGGCCGGGAUCAUCUGGGACAGUAUCUGCUUUGCCUUCCUGAUGCUGCAGAGAAGAGUCUUCAUGAGCUACUACUUCCUCCAUGUGGUGGCUGACAUCAGAGCUUCGCAGGUGCUGGCGUGCAGAGGAGCAGAGCUUUUCCAGGCCACCAUAGUGAAGGCGGUGAGAGCCCGACUGGAGGAAGAGCGCAAAUCUGUGGAGCAGCUGAAGAGACAGAUGGAGCGCAUUAAGGUGAGGCAGCAAAAGUUUAAGAGGGGCAAGGAGAGGAUGCUGAGCAUUGCACAGGAGUCUGGAGAUGGACAAACCCUCAUCCAGCCCGAGGAAGAGGAGGAGGAUGAUGACGGAGCACAGCGAGCGAAAGCCAAGACCAAAAAAAAGCAGUGGUGGAGGCCGUGGGUUGACCAUGCUUCCAUGGUUAGAAGUGGAGACUAUUACUUGUUUGAAACUGACAGUGAGGAUGAGGAGGAAGAAGAGGAGAAAAAAGAUGAUGAACCGCCAAAGAAGUCUGCAUUUCAGUUUCUCUAUCACGCCUGGAUCACAGACCCCAAAGCGGCCCUCAAGGCCCAAGGGAAGGAGAAACGUAAAUUUUGGAAAAAAUACACUAAAGGAGUUAGACGCCGAAAAAGCAAAAAACACGGUAAUGUGACCGUAGAGGUUGGUGAUCUCUCAGAUGGGCAGGAAAAAGAUGAAGAGAACAAGAAAUCUGGUGGUCCAGACAACAUCAUCAAGCGAGUCUUCAACAUCAUAAAGUUCACCUGGGUGCUCUUCCAGACAACGGUGGACAGCUUCACCAAGUGGAUGAAUGACAUGUGCAGGGAGUACAUCGACAUCUCCACUGUGCUGCGCAUAGAGCGCUGCAUGCUGACCAGAGAAGUCAAAAAAGGUAACGUGCCGUCUCGAGAGAGCAUCCACGUCUACUACCAGAAGGCCAUGAGGCUCAACAUGUCCAGGCAGGCCAGUUUGGAUCAGCUGAGCGAGGACGAGUCGACCUUGGGCUCCACCGGGGUCCGCAGGAGGAGGAGAGCCCACCCGAUAGGGAGCCAGGACUCCUCGGCCUCCAGAGACUCCAUCUCCAGUGCCUUCACCGACGCAACCACGCUGUUUUCUCGCCAAUCCACCCUGGAAGACCUGGAUGGAAUGCCGGAGUGCAUCCCCAAAACCAGCGAGCGAGCCCGGCCCAAACUGCGUAAGAUGUACGGCCUGGACGUGUCCAAUUCGUCAGACAGCUGCAGCAGCUUCAUAUCCAGUGAAGCGACCCAGUGCGUCCCGCUCUACUCCAGACAGGGCACCACCGACACCAUAGACGAAGUGGAGGAUGAGCAGGAUCAAGGGGAAGGCAAACAGCGGCAGCAGGUUCCCUGGGAAUCCCAACAGCUGGAUGUGAGGGAUGGGCCAGAGGGCGGCGGCUGGAGUGACGCCGAACCCAAAGGGAGAGCGGAGGAGGACGAGGGCCGCGAGGGGCCGACGGGUGAGCAGGUACCGAAAGACCAAGCGGGGGAAGAGGCUCACUGGGAAUCCUCGUGCCCGGAUGAGAGCCCCUCUGUCCCACCGGUGGAGGCAGAGUCCCCCACUUCUGCCCAGGAGAAAGACCUCACCACCGAAAGUGAGGACGGAGGAGAGCCACGGGACUCCGCGGGGACGGAGGGGCGAGCGGGGACCGCCCCUGACACGGACGCUUCUAAAACGUCUGACGGCGACGUGCCCCCCAGUUACAGCAAGGCCGUGAGCUUUGACCGCCUGGAAAUUAGCGACGACGAGAGUGACCGGGAUAGGAAGAGGCGCAUGGUGAUGACCUCUGACAGUCGCUCAGACAGCAGGUCAGACAUCAUGUUGCCCUCCAUGACCACCGAGCUGACCGCCAGCGAACUGCUGCUCAACAAGAUGUUUUACGACAAGGAGCUAGAAGAGUCGGAUAAAUUCUACCAGAAACAGCCUCUGAUCCUCCAGCUCUGCUACGCCCUCUACAACAUGCUGGUGGCCCACUCGGAGAUGCUGUGCUACCUCGUCAUCAUCAUCAACCACAUGGUGUCGGCCUCCUGCAUCACCCUGGUCCUUCCCACCACCAUAUUCCUCUGGGCCAUGCUGUCCGUUCCCCGGCCCAGCAAGCGCUACUGGAUGACCGCCAUCAUCUACACGGAGGUCACCAUCGUCAUCAAGUACUUCUUCCAGUUUGGCUUCAUCCCCUUCAACCAGAACGUCAUCGAUAGGAAUAAACCAACUCAUCCCCCCAACAUCAUUGGAGUGGAGAAGAAGGACGGCUACGUCCACUACGACCUGGUCCAAUUACUGGCUCUCUUCUUCCACAGAUCCAUUCUGAAGUGCCACGGCCUUUGGGACGAGGACGACACCAAAGACAAGAGGGGGCCCUCCCGUCAGAGUGAGUCGGAGGACGAGGCGAAGGACCAGGAGAGCGAGGCGGGGUCCGAACGAGCCACCUCGCUGACGAGCGAGCGGCGAGGCUCCACUCACACCUUGAGAUCCAUAAACUUUGGCACCUCCAUUGAUUCAGGACAGGUGCUGGUGCACCACCCGCAACAGCAGACCUACCAGCGCCGCAAGAGCUCCAGCGGAGGCUCGUGCGUCUCUCACCGAUCGCUCCGCUCGUCUGCCAGGUCCAAGAGAGGCAGCACAACUUCCCACAACAGCAGCCACAAGGACGGCAGCGAGGCCAGCGUCCCUCAGAAGACCCGCAAGCAGAUGGUCGGGGAGAAGCUGAGGGAGCAGCUCCUCAAAGGAAAAGCUUUCGCCAUAAAGCGGUUCAUGGAGAUCUACCUUCCCAUCAGACAGUUUUUCUAUAACUUGAUCCACCCGGACUACAGCGCCGUCACAGACGUCUACGUGCUGAUGUUCCUCGCUGACACAGUCGACUUCAUCAUCAUCGUGUUUGGAUUCUGGGCGUUUGGUAAACACUCGGCUGCAGACAUCACCUCGUCCCUGUCGGAGGAUCAGGUCCCGGGACCUUUCUUGGUCAUGGUCCUGAUCCAGUUUGGGACCAUGGUGGUGGACCGGGCCCUCUACCUCAGAAAGACCGUCAUGGGCAAGGUUGUCUUCCAGGUCAUCCUGGUCUUUGGUAUCCACUUCUGGAUGUUUUUUAUCCUGCCAGGAAUCACAGAAAAGCGCUUCAGCGAGAACACAGUCGCUCAGAUGUGGUAUUUUGUCAAGUGCGUCUACUUCGGGCUGUCAGCCUAUCAGAUCCGCUGUGGCUAUCCCACCCGCGUCUUGGGAAACUUCCUAACCAAAAGCCACAAUUAUGUCAACCUCUUCCUGUUUCAAGGUUUCCGUCUGGUGCCGUUCCUGACAGAGCUACGGGCCGUGAUGGACUGGGUUUGGACUGACACCUCGCUGUCUCUGUCCAGCUGGAUAUGCGUGGAGGACAUCUAUGCUCACAUCUUUAUUCUGAAAUGCUGGAGGGAGUCUGAGAAGAGGUAUCCCCAACCCCGAGGCCAGAAGAAGAAGAAGGUGGUGAAGUACGGGAUGGGAGGGAUGAUCGUGGUGCUGCUCAUCUGUAUCGUCUGGUUCCCCCUGCUCUUCAUGUCCCUCGUCAAGUCGGUAGCCGGGGUCGUCAACCCACCGCUGGACGUGUCGUUUGAAAUCACCCUGGCUGGCUUUCAGCCCGUCUUCACCAUGAGCGCUCAACAAAAGCAACUGCAGAAUGUGACAAAAAAAGAAUAUUUUCCUUUUGUGAACAGUUAUAAAGCCUUUGACGACGCCUUGCAGUGGCUGGAGGGCUACAUGCCAGAAGACCUGAUCAUUGCAGAGCUUAAAGGCAGCUCCAACUCCCUGUGGACGAUCAGUCCCCCCAGCAGAGCCAACCUGAUCGACAUGCUGGGCACUGACGAGGAAUUCCCCAUCACCGUGUCCUGGUCCGUGCAAAGAAACCUCACUUUUGGUGCCAAGGCUGAAAUAGCGUCAGGAAAGCGAGUGACCGCUCUGGACCCACCUACAAAGAAGGCGCUCAUAGCGGUGCUAAAUGGCACAGAAAAUAUUUCACAAGUGACCCUUAAAGAGAUCUUCCCUCGUUUCAUUCGAGCCCCCAGUGACUCGGAUGCCAAGUCGGUCGAUCAUCUUUAUAAAGAUAAAAAGAUGUUGGACAUAACCUUGACAUUGAAGAGAGCUUCGAAAGUCGGAGAUCAGAUCCAGGAAUGGUGGAUUGUAAACCAGACGGAGCCGGGCCCGAUACAAAAGAGGGUUGCCAACAAGUUUGAAACAGGCCUGGAGCUCUACGUAUUUAGCGACAAAGUCAGCCCGCCCAGUUUGGGCUUCCUGGCGGGAUAUGGGAUCAUGGGCCUGUACGCGUCUGUGGUUUUGGUCAUCGGCAAGUUUGUGCGGGAGUUUUUCAGCGGCAUCUCCCACACCAUCAUGUUCGAGGAGCUGCCCAACGUGGACCGCAUCCUCAAGCUGUGCACGGACAUCUUCCUGGUACGAGAGACGGGGGAGCUGGACCUGGAGGAGGACAUGUACGCCAAGCUCAUCUUCCUCUACCGCUCCCCAGAGACUAUGAUCAAGUGGACCAGGGAGAAGACUGAGUGAGGAGGCGAAGGCCGACGGAGGUCGGAGCUCAUUCAGGAAGUGAUCGAUGGCGCGAUCAGCUGUUUCGUCAGCCGAGAGGGCAGAAAGUCAGCUGAGGACCAACCCUGUCCUGUUGUCUUGAGCUGCGAUGGCAGCGAUACGAGCACUUGACUUAUUGAGUAUUUAAUACUAUUAAUUGAUGAAAAGCCACAAUUGCCGUCAUAUUAUAAAGAAUGGAGGACAGAUUUGCUGUUGUAUUUAUCUCACAGAACCUGGCGUCCAGUGGAUAAAACGAGCAGCUGGUGUCAUGUUGGAGACGGAGAAGUCUUCAUUGACAAUGUUGUUAAAUUAUUUAAAGUUUUAUCCCUAACAUAAAGGUAUGUUUUUAAACACAAAUGCCCAGAACAGUCGUAGCGCUUCAUGUCCGUCUUAAACAUUUUCACAGUCGCGUGGUAGGCGGAGAGAGAAACUGGCUGCAACAUUUAUCUUUAAGGGCUUCCCAUCAACAAAUAAGUGCACAAUAAUGACCACAUGAGCACAAUCUCAUAUCCUCUCCCAACUGGAAAGCUUGGACUGUGGGACUGUGCAAUAUUGAGCUCUCAUUCCUCAAGACUUUUUAAAGGAUUUGGACUAAGGGAAAAGGCUGGUUUUGACCAAGAAACAUGAACAUAAAGACCACCUUUUUUUUGUAGGUCAGAGGUCACAUGGGGUCCUCCCGAGAGACACAACGCAGAAAACAUGAGACCAUCUUUACUCACAUCUUUACUGCCUUAUUUUGUUUUGUAUGAGGAGAACUGUUAUCUACCACAUGCAUAUCUUUCUCAGGAAGAGCUCUUUUCACAGAUAUCCAUGUAUAAGUUAAAUGUUACAAUAUGUACGCUGCGAUGGAUCUAAAAGAACAUGACAUGGUCGAAAAAGAUGGGAACUAUUUAAAUGGCAUGAAUUUUAAUGUGGAUAUUGCUCAGGAGGACUGGCACUGAGUAUGAGUACACUGCACAGAGAGUACAGUUUAAGGCUGAAUUGUUGACUGUUUUUCUCUUAGAGACUAUUUGCCAAUAAUCCAUGUUCGAGGUCAUCUACAGGUUGGCAAGAAUCGAGACCGGCAGAGGGCUGUUUUUGAAUCAGGGUAACAUGCAUUAGUUGGUAGAUUCUUGCCCAUCACAUGUGAACCUCUUGCUGUUUAUAACACUAAUACUCGUGAACACUGUGGCGCGUCGUGUGCAUUCAGUCGUCAAAGAAGAAAGGAGCAGACUCAAAAAAGAUUCCUCACAUGAAGGGCUGAAACACAAAGUCCAAACUAUGCAUUAGAGGACAUUGUAGCAUGAUAGAAAAAAACGUAAUUAUUGCCAUGACUAAUUUUCAUUACAUGUAGAUACAAGUUUAAGGGGAGACCGGCGGAAUGAAAUGUGAAAUCGUACCAGUAUGUUUAAGGUGAAAGAUCUGCAAAUAAAACAUCUGGAAAGGUUUGA